AUGAACACCUACCCGCCCCGACGUCUGCGAUACAUUGUGCUGGCACUUGUGAGCGUCGUGGUCAUCUUCUCUCUCCUCCCGACAUAUAACAAACAGACAGCUGGGCAAAGUCCGAACGUGCAGAGCCCGUCAACGGGGCGCAUACAACACCUCUUUAACAAGGAAAGCGACGCCGACAAGCGCAUCCGAACCGACCGCCAAAAACAAGUGCGCGAGGCAUUCCAACACGCCUGGAAGGGUUACAGAGACAAUGCAUGGAUGCACGAUGAGCUCAUGCCGCUCUCGGGCGGCCAUAAAGACCCCUUUGUGGGUUGGGCAGCCACACUGGUAGACGGCCUCGAUGCGCUUUACAUAAUGGGACUCACCGACGAGUUCGAGAAUGCCGUCAAGGCUGUGGAGUCAAUUAACUUUUCGCGACCAAAUUCCGAACGUGUCCCUGUCUUCGAAGUCACCAUUCGCUAUCUAGGCGGACUCCUCGGCGCGUAUGAUAUUAGCGGCGGAAAGCACCCGCUGCUUCUCAAAAAGGCUGAUGAGCUUGGCGAACUCCUAUACAAAUCCUUUAAUACGCCAACGGGCAUCCCUGUUCCCUACUACUGGUGGGACAAGCCCAAUGAUAACCUUCAAGGCGAGAACGGUGUGCUCGUUGCGCAGAUUGGGUCUCUGUCGUUGGAGUUUACGCGGCUGGCCCAGCUGACGGGCAAGAAGAAGUACUUUGACGCCAUCUCCAAGAUUACUGGCUACUUGGGAGAAGGGCAAAGCAAAACACAAAUUCCAGGACUGUGGCCUUCGCAGGUAGACACGACGGGUCCGUCUUUUGAUGGUUCAGCAUUUACUCUCGGCGCGUGGGCGGAUUCGCUAUAUGAAUACUUGCCAAAGCAACAUCUUCUGCUCGACGGCAAGACGGACACCUACUUGAAAAUGUACCAUAGUGCCUACGAGAGCAUGGUCAAGUACCACUUCUUCCGACCAAAGGCCCCAGGAAACCCAGACAUCCUCUUCCCCGGCUCGCUAAUUGCACGAGGCAGAGGCAAUACCCCCUCGCUCAAUGACGAAGUACAGCACCUGGGCUGUUUUGUCGGUGGCAUGGUCGGCUUAGGCUCGCGCAUCAACAACUCGGCCAAGGAGCUGGAAGUCGCCAUCCAACUCACUGAUGGCUGUGUGUGGGCGUACCAAAAUACAGCUAGCGGCAUCAUGCCUGAGAUUUUCCACAUCGCAGCCUGUCCUGCCAGUGGCAAAUGCGAGUGGACAGAUACAGGGCACACCGCGCCAGGACACCAGUACGGCUUCACAGAGCUUUCUGACACAAGCUACCAGCUGCGUCCAGAGGCCAUUGAAUCUGUUUUCAUCAUGUACCGUCUGACGGGAGAUCGAGAGUGGCAGAAUAAGGGCUGGAAGAUGUUCCAGUCGAUUAUAAAGCAUACGACGACGAAGCUGGCCAACGCGCGCAUUAGCGAUGUUACAAGCUCGUCACCAAAGCAAGACGAUUCCAUGGAGAGCUUCUGGCUCGCUGAGACACUGAAGUAUUUCUACUUGCUUUUUAGCGAACCCGAUGUUGUUAGUCUGGAUGACUAUGUGUUGAAUACGGAGGCCCACCCUCUGCGACAACGAGAUCACUUACUAGGCUAA